AUUCCCGAGAAGUUUUUGGUCUCAUAAAGAAGCUGAAUAUUGUCCCUGACACCAAGAAGAGAGCAAAAACAACAUCAUGUAGAUGCUUUUCCUUUGGCUGUUUCUCUUCUUCCAUCGUGUUGAAUGUACCUUACCAUAAAUCAUUGUUUCUCAUGGUUUGUUUUUUAAAUGUUUGCAGCUUUCUUUGAUACACCGGUCACUGGAGGAAACGGCAAUAGCUCUUCGAAGGCAAAUGAAUCUGUACCUCGUGAAUUUGCAUAUUCAAAUUUCAAACUAAAUACCCCUAAAAAAAUUCAAACUUCAAACUAAAUACCCGUAAAAAAAUUCAUACUUCAAAUUAAAUGCUCAAGGAGAUGCCUUUUUUCUUCUGAGAAAUUGAAACUACAGUAUCAGAAUUCAAAGGUGGCCUCUGUUUUAUGGAUUACAAAAAAUUUCAGAUAGACUUGUGUUUACAUCCUUUCCUAAUUUAGAUAGAAGUAUGUAAUUGAAGUCAAGUUCAUCUAUAGAGUUCAUUUUGUAGAGCAGGUUGACCAUCAUUCACUCCAUUACCACUUUGUGGAGAAGUUGGUGAUUGUAACUUCUUCUUUAGCCUCUGUUGGAACCCCAAACUAAUGCCUGCUUUUGGCACUGUUGGUAGUUUUUUUAAACUGCAUAUCCUUGCCCUGGCCCAUUUCCACCUCUAACAGUACAUGCGGCAUAGGCCAUCAGGUCAAGUCAUAUUUAUGUGUUUGACACACAAAAGAAUCCAAGAUCUGACUCUCUUUUGCAUGCUGAGAUCAAUCCAACGCCAUGACAUUGCCAAGAACAACCACCUAGUGACUUACUCUGUUGCUCAGUUCCGGUUUCUGGAGCGACUACUUAUCGUCCAUGGGCACUGGUGCUAUAAGAGGAUAACCCAAAUGGGAACUUUCACUUUAUGUCGGGUCAUCAAGAGAAAUGAUCUAGGACAGAGAACCAUCUAUCUUCAGGGUGAAUCCAAAUCCAAGGGGAGCAUUUCUUCUUCCAUUGAUGACCUUACUCCAAGAUUCUCAACAGAUGUCUUAAGAACCUCUGAAGAAAGCACAUCUCAAGCAAGAACUAUGUUAAAUGGAAGUAAUGAUUCAACACUGAUCAGUUCAAGUUCUGAAGUUAGUAGUGGGAUAGAGCUACAGCGAACCAUGACAGAGAUUGAUCAAACAAGCCCCUUGUUCUCGAGCUAUCUAGCUUCAGAUACUCUGAAGAUGGACAGAUCCUGCAUGCUGCUUCUUUUCACGAGUUACUAGACACAAGUAGAGAAUUUCAAGACCUGGUCAAUGCACACAAAGGCACUGUUGGUUCUGAAAGGCUCACUGAGGUCGUUUCUCCCUUGAGAUGUGAAACUGCCAAAAGAGAGAUCAAGAAAGCAUCUACUGUGAAACAACAGAAAACAGAUAAUGUACCAACAUUAGAUCAGCUAAUUAAAGAAGAGGAGAGAGAAACUGGAGAUACAGGUCUGAAGCCAUACUUACAAUAUCUGAAUCAGAGCAAGGGCUACUUGUAUUUCUCCUUGGCAGGCCUAUGCCAUCUCAUGUUUGUGGCUGGACAGCUUACACAAAACUCUUGGAUGGCUGCUAACGAAUCACACAAACUCAGGAAGAAAAUGUCGCUUCUCUUAUAUUUAAAUAGAAGUCUCUAAUGUUUCUCUGUUUGUUUUGAUAUUUCAAGUCUCUUGGACUGAGGGAGAAAACCAAUCUCUGUUUUUCUUCUUUCUUUUUCUUUUCUUUCUGUUUUUUCAUGUUUUAUGGAUUAGGAUUCCAAGUCUAUUUGACUGAGAAUUGAAGACUCUUUUAGGGUUUUCUUGGGUUA